AUGGCUAGUAGAAGUGCGCUUUCAAUAAGUGAAAAAAAAAGUGUCCUAGCCGAUUAUGACAAGCUUCCCGAGAAGACGAAUCAGAGAUUAGCAGCACAACAAUUGGGCAUUCCGCAGUCAACAUUAAAUAAGUUACUGAAAUCCCGUAACGAAAUAAGUUACUGCACUGAAUCUCAAAAUAGAAAACGUAAACGUGAGAGCAAAAGUAAGGCAACCGAUGAAGCUCUUUUCAUGUGGUUUAAGCAAGCUAGCGCUAUGAAUGCUCCUAUAAAUCGCAGCAUAUUAAUGACAAAAGCCAAUGACUUGGCCAAAAAAAUGGGAGAAAUUAAUUUUAAUGCAACUGAUGGUUGGUUGACUAGGUGGAAAGAUCGCCACGAUAUUGUUUACAAAAAACUUCAUGGAGAAAAACAAGACGCAGAUGCGAGUGGUGCUGAUUCUUGGAUUAAAACAACGUGGCCAACUGUUUUGAAUAAAUACGGUCCGGAAAACAUCUUUAAUUUAGAUGAAACAGGGCUGUACUAUAGAGCAACACCUGACUAUUGCAUGGUUUUAAAAAAUGCACCGGCCUCUGCAGGGAAAAAGAAUAAAGCGAGAAUCACUGUGGCUUUAACGUGCAAUAUGACGGGUGUCAAGAACUUACCUGUUGACUACUUCAGCAAUAUAAAUGCUUGGAUGACAUCUUUUAUUUUUGAAAGUUAUUUGAGAAAAUGGGAUUCAACAUUUGAUCACAAAAUCGCUCUAAUUUUGGACAAUUGUACAGCGCAUCCCAACUUUUCUUUAAAGAACAUUGAACUGGUAUUUCUUCCUCCCAAUACAACGUCUUUAAUUCAGCCCCUUGAUCAGGGUAUCAUCAAAGCUUUUAAGACUUUUUACAGGUCCGAUAUGAGAAGGCAAAUUAUUGACGCAAUCGAUGACGGACAAGGGAAUGGUAACGACAUAGCUAAGGACAUGACAGUGCUACAGGCAAUUCACAUGUCACACAAUGCUUGGAUGAAAGUUACAACUUCAUGUAUAGUGAACUGCUUUAAAAAGUCUGGUAUGGUUCCCAUAACCACGAAUGAAGCCCUUGAACUCGAUUUACCCGAUGUACCAGUAGAUAUUUCAGGACUCCAGAUAGACAAAGAAACCUUCAAUGAGUGGCUGGAUGUAGAUAAGGACUUACCAGUUUUUCAAGUGAUGAAUGAUGACGAAAUAGCUGCUGAAAUAGUUUCACAUAAGGAACAGGGAAAUGAUGUUGAAGUGCAUGAUGAAGACGAAGUUGAAUAUGCAGAGGACCGAGUACCAGUAACCAGGAGUGAAGUAUUCAAUGCAAUUAAUACACUGAGAAGAGCUAUUGAAGAGCAUGACAUAGGCACAAAUUACUUUGAUACGUUGAACAACUUAGAGCACAUUAUGAUGGUUUCCAUACCAAAAAAACAGGGGCAAAUUACCGACUUUUUUAAAAGAACCUAA